AUGGACACGAUAAUGCAAAACACAAACGAUACUGUUAAACAACGAGUUCGUCACACAAGUAUUCUGAAUGAAGCUGCAGCUGCUCCAAAAACUGCUAUCACCUUUACAGAAAUCAUUGAAAUUUCUUCAAAUGAUGGAUCUUCUGAAGAAUCUAGCAACGGCGAUAAUGAUCAGGAGAGUGUUGACAGACAACUCUUCAAUAAUGCAAAGCAAUCCGAUGAGAAGCAACCUGGUAGAGCGGAUAACUUGACACCAGUUGAAGGGUUUGUGGAUAAAAGGGCAAUAAGAUCCAACCCAAGAGUUCAAGGGGGGAAGAUCUCAAAGACAAACAAGGAUGGAAAAACUGUCCAAAAGGUCGUUCUCUGCCGUCCAGAUUCGUCUGUUGCACCAACUAGACCAGAUCAACUUCAUCAUACAAAACCUCAAUGCAAGGAUGCUAAAUCAGGUCGAGGCCAAAUACCUGAAUAUUAUGGAUCAAGAGCAUCAAAAAGAGUCCACUAUUCUGAAAGAAGCUUACAUUCGCGGGUCCGUCCAAAACACAAAACCAAUCCUCAUGGUCACUAUUCCCAGCGAAAUCCGAAUCUCCCUUGUCUGCCCUUCAUACUUCAGAUAACAAUACUUCGAUCUUUGCAAACUGCAUUAGAGUCUAUGUGCUAUCGAUUUGUACAAAAGUGGCUUCCUAAGAUGCUGCUUGCGAACACAUGGGAAUGUCCCGAAAAUGUAGAGUUGAACUUAUGGUGGGGCGCAAUGAACGAGUGUCAGAUACCAGUUGAAGCCAUUGGUCGUGAAGCACGUUCUUCUCUUGGCUCCCUCUUUCAAAGGGUGACUGGGAUACGCCAUCUUGCGGUACAUAGACUUACACAGGUCGCAAUCGAUAGUAUUAAGGCAAUGAUUGAAGAUGCUCUGGAAAUCGCACACAUAUUUCGAGACGAUAUUUUCGUUCCGAAGUUUGAACUCUGGAAAGAGAAGAUCGAAUACUGUUUGGAGGUUGACCGGAAGGCAUCUGGUAGGCCAAUUAUGGUCCGUAGGCUCGAUGCUAUCAACGCUAUGAGAAAGGACAAUGCGAGUAAUCAGGAUAAGCUCCAAAAAGAGAUCUUUGCGCUGAAAGCCGAACUUCUGGAAAAAGAACAGAAAGUCGAGCGACUACAGCGAGAGUAUGUAGCUCUUGUGGCAAGUGAAACAGAUACCAUGGAACUUGCUAGAAAUGGCGGCAAACUCGGCAUUGAGGAAACUAAACAUCUUGGAGAUUUCAAAGCGCUCGAAGAAUGCUUUACGCUGAAUUUCGACAGGAAUGCACCUAAUCCUGAGCCAGCAGAAAACUUCUCAGGCAACCUUAUUAUGUUGUCAGCAGUCGGUUCACUGCCUGGGCCGGGUAGUAGCGGUGGCCCCAUAGCAAACUGGGGUAUCAGGCUUGAAGACAAUGCUAGGCUCAUGCCUGGAAACAGUAGGGUAGAUACAAAUGGGCCUAUAAACUGCCAGUCUAGUAUCCAUAAUCCCACUAUCUCUCACGGAACUGGUAUGAAUGGUCUGCCAUCGAGACCUGAACCUGUUGCUAGGAAUGCUUAUGGUACCCCGAUGAACGUAACUGACAGCCCUGGUUUAGGCCAAAGAACUGACAGUGGUCAAGUCUCUACAUCGCAUACCGGACAGCCAAUUCCUGCUGCAGCGGUCGUUGUUGAUCUCACGAAAGAUGAUGAUGAUAUUAUGGUUGAGUAG